AUGCCUGAUACGUCUGGCUCCAGUCAGCCUCCUCUUGCUGGUCCUGUGCCCACUAGGCGUUCGACUCGGAGAACACUCAAAGCCAAUCCAGAGACCGAUUCUGCCAAUGUGACAGCUGUUCGACCAGCCGUGACGUCUCAGGCCAAACGCUCAUCCAAGAAACGACCCAGUCGUGCCCAGGAAGACUUGAUUUCAAACCGUGCUCUAGAGCGUGCCAAUGCCCCGAAGCGACGCAAAGCCACCCAUGCCCAUACCCAUGCCGGGUCGACACAGACAGAUGCAACGAUGGCGACCUCGACAACGACCCCGACUCCCGUUGCGCCCAAGCCCGCUCCACUCACGUCUCCUUCCCCUCAGCCGGCCGUGUCAACGGCACCGAGCUGUCCCGGUCCAUCUCAAAAUACCCCACCACUUACGACCGGGCUAUUGUCGAAGAAGCACAAGUGUUGCUCCUCGUCCGUGCCGCAGCUCGCAUCUGAGGACCACAAGCCGCCCGUCUCUGCCCCGCAGACCAAGGAGAAAAGAGCUGCCGUGUUCAGAAAAAGACAAAAGAGUCAUGUCCCAGCGCAUGGUAUGUUUCGUAAGAUUGCAGUCGAUGAAGUUGAUCCCAAGUUCCUGGUGGAUCGACAGAAGCUUGAUGAUCAUAGCGAGGCCUUUAAAGUACUUGGUUCGACAGGAAAUGUCUAUACUGUCAUCAUCGGUUUCCUUCAACAAUGUGAUUGUCCAGAUUCCGCCAAGGGUAAUACUCCGUGCAAGCACGUACUCUUUGUCUUCUUGAAAGUCCUGAAGGUACCCGAGAAUUCUUAUCAUUGGUAUCAGAGGGGUCUUGUGGCUUCUGAACUAGAAGUCAUCUUCUCGGCCGCCCCUCCCACUCCUAAUGGGUCUGUGAUGGUCCCCGCUGCCGUCCGCAACAAGUAUCUUGAAGCCACUGGUGAUCAUUCUCGGAUGGAAGAAGGCUCUAGUAAGGUCGAUAAAAUAAUCGAGACGGCGCCAGUCGUACGAAAGAUCCAGUCUGUAGGGGAAGAUUGUCCUGUUUGCUAUGAAGAGAUGACCGAAGAGGAUGACAAGAGUGGGAAGCUGGUAUAUGACGAAGCUACUGCUGGGUGCGGCAAGGAAUGCUUCAAAAUGUGGGCGGCGACUGCAAAGGCAAAAGGGGACAUUGUCACUUGUGUUUGGUGUCGUACACCAUGGGUCGAACAAUUCAUUGCCGGGACCGGUGAUAAGGGGAAAGGGGUAGCCCGAUCAGUGCUUGGGUAUGUCAACAUGGCCGAUGUGGUGGGUAUGAGUAGAGAACGUGAUACAAGUUCGUAUUAUCAAGGUCCUAUCAGCGGGGAGAGGAUGUCAGCGUGGGCUUAUCGGUAUGCUGAUGAUUGA